CGCCUCUCGUCGUAGUCGUAUUAUCCGUCCAUGAGUCUCCGAAAGAACUACCUCCCAGGGUUCUUACCCUGGGACUAUGAAUCAGUGCCUCUAUCACGUCACACUGACGUCGCAGAAUUCAUAUCCAGCAGUAAGAUUACCUCUAGAGUAAAGAAAGCAUUAAAGCGUCUAGGCAUAUUCCCUCAUUUCGUCCGCAAAAUAGGUGAGCCAAGAGAACAGCAAAUUUCUGAUAUUGAGAUCCGUAGAAGAAUCAAAGCAUGGUAUGAAGGUCACCUAGCUAACAAUACAAGGGGUGUACUUGGUUUGAUGGCGGCUGAUGGAGGUUACAUAUCUCAGCUCCUAGAGAUUCAGAAUGAGGGUGGUUUUGAGAUUGUUAUAAUCAAUCGCCCAGGAGUGGCAACCCACUCUUUCUACACAGUGUUGUCGCAAUUUCCUGUCAUAACAGAUUCUGUAGCUAUGGUCCAAAGGUAUCAGAAUAGUGCUGGUUUAGGUAGUGGAUCUGGUUCUCGUUUGGUGGUAAUCGUUUUUGGAGGUAAUGGUGGACGUGAUCAGGGCGGUUAUGGCUGGGGUGGAAGUGAUCAGGGCGGUUAUGGCUGGGGUGGACGUGAUCAGGGCGGUUAUGGCUGGGGUGGACGUGAUCAGGGCGGUUAUGGCUGGGGUGGACGUGAUCAGGGCGGUUAUGGCUGGGGUGGACGUGAUCAGGGCGGUUAUGGCUGGGGUGGACGUGAUCGGGGCGGUUAUGGCUGGGGUGGACGUGAUCGGGUGGACCUGGUCAACACCAGGCGUCAGAGUACUGUGGCCCUCUCGCCAUCACGGGUGAAUCCGCCAUUCAGCCGUUUCCAUAUGCUGGCUUGGACUACUGUGCCUGUGCCUUCUCAUCCACCGGUUGCUCCUACUGCCAUGGAAAACCUAGUGGCUGUAACAUCGGUCUAUUGGGACAUGGAGACGUGUCCUGUUCCACUUGGCUGUGCUCCUCGUCGGAUCUCUCCCAUUGGCGCAGUAGAAGACGUCCCUUAUGACAUCCUGAGAGAAGUCUAUCCCAGUGGAAUCAGCGUCCCUUACGGUUAGGAUCUUUCAUCUUUUCAUCCCCUUGUGCUGAGUCUCAAGUCUUUAGUUUCUGAAAGUGUUUUCAAACUUUGUUGAAGGUCUUAUUUGUGGCUAAAGUGCAAGACGAGUGGGAUGUGAAGAAAAGAAGAAGAACUGA